AUUGGGUGAGAUCCAGAUCUUUUAGUAGACACACAAUUGCAAGGACCUGGUCAGUGGUCACAAACACGCAAGCAGGCCACAGAGCUAUGGGUAAGGAAGGUGGUGGAGAUGAAGACGCAGCUGCAGCUCCAUUGUUUGAGACAAAGCAAGGGAGAUUUAGAGGAGCGUAUAAGGUGUUUGCUUCCACAGUGUUUGUGGGUAUUUGUUUGACAUGGGUUUACAGAUUGACACACAUCCCAACAGCAGCAGCAGAAGAUGAUGAUCAUCAUCAUCAGCCUGCAGGGAGAUACUGGGCUUGGAUCGGCGUGUUCAUGGCGGAGCUCUGCUUCAGUUUGUACUGGAUUGUCACCCAGUCUGUUCGUCUCAACCCUGUUUCCCAUCACCCCUUCAAACAAAGGCUCUCCGACAGAUACGAAGACAAGUUACCGGGUGCAGACAUUUUCGUUUGCACGGCGGAUCCGAAGAUAGAGCCACCAACGUUGGUGAUCAGCACCGUCUUAUCAGCCAUGGCCUACAACUAUCCACCGGAGAAGCUGAGCAUUUAUCUUUCCGAUGAUGGUGGGUCGGAGUUGACAUUCUAUGCUCUCCUAGAGGCAGCUAGUUUCUCUAAGCACUGGAUACCCUUCUGCAGAAAAUUCAUGGUCGAACCAAGGUCCCCUGCAGCAUACUUUGCCCACCAUUCAAACGUGACACAAGACAUCACAAAUUCUCAAGAAUGGUUGGGUAUAAAGAAACUAUACGAAGAGAUGAGAAAUCGGAUCGACUCGGUUGUUGAAAUAGGCAAGAUUCCAAAAGAAGUGAGGGACCAUCAUAAAGGUUUUCUUGAAUGGAAUUCUAAAGUGACGAAGCAGGAUCAUCAAUCAAUUGUACAGAUUAUCAUUGAUGGAAGGGAUAAAGCUGUGGUGGAUAUUGAUGGAAGGCGACUGCCAACACUGGUAUACAUGGCACGAGAAAAGAGACCGAAAUGGCCUCACCACUUCAAAGCUGGAGCUGUGAAUGCACUGAUAAGGGUGUCGUCAGAGAUAAGCAAUGCCCCCUUGAUUCUCAACCUGGACUGUGACAUGUAUGCAAAUGAUUCAGAUACAGUACGAGAAGCAGUGUGUUUUUUCAUGGAUGAAAGGAAAGGCCAUGAAAUCGGUUUCCUGUCGUUUCCACAAAAUUAUGACAAUAUAACCAAGAAUGAUAUUUAUGGAUGUUCUUGUUCAGUAGUUAAUAAGUUUGAGCUUGCCGGUGUGGGAGGAUAUGAUGCGGCUUUGUAUUGUGGCACUGGAUGUUUCCAUAGAAGAGAAAGUCUCUGUGGAAAGGUGUACUCUAAGGAUUAUAGAGCAGAAUGGGAAACAGAAGCCAAAAAGAAUGCAGAUAAAACUUCUAAUGAAUUGGAAGAAGCAUCAAAAGUUCUUGCCAAUUGUAGCUAUGAGAAAGACGCUCAGUGGGGGAAAAAGAUGGGAUUGAUAUACGGGUGCUCGGUGGAAGACAUUGUAAGUGGCUUGGCUAUCCAGUGCAGGGGAUGGAAAUCACUUUACUAUAAUCCAGAUAGAAAGGCCUUCUUGGGUAUUGCUCCAACCACCUUAGAUGUAGUUCUUGUCCAAUUCAAGAGGUGGAGCGAAGGCAUGUUUCAAAUAUUUUUCUCCAAGUAUUGCCCCUUCAUAUAUGGUCAUGGGAAGAUCAAAUUGGGUGCCCAGAUGGGAUACUGUGUCUAUCUUUUGUGGGCUCCAAUUUCCUUGCCAACUCUCUAUUAUGUGAUUGUUCCUCCACUCUGCUUGCUCCAUGGCAUCUCCUUGUUCCCUGAGGUUACGAGCCUCUGGUUCUUGCCUUUUGCAUAUGUUUUUCUAGCCAGGAGUGUUUGCAGCAUAGGUGAGGCCUUGAGCUGUGGUGAUACACUCAAAGCUUGGUGGAACUCACAGAGAAUUUGGAUGGUCCGAAGGACUACUUCAUACUUCUUUGCUCUCAUUGACACCAUUUCGAGGCAAUUGGGGCUGUCUGAAACAACAUUUGUCAUCACAGCUAAGGUGGUCACGGAGGAUGUCUCAAGAAGGUAUGAGCAAGAGGUCAUAGAGUUUGGAAGCUCAUCUAUCAUGUCCACCAUUGUAGCAACUCUGGCAAUGCUAAAUCUCUUCACUUUAUUGGGGGGAAUCACAAAGAUUGUCAUGGAAAUCGAUCGGUUCAAGGCGUUAGAGCAAUUGAUCCUACAACUUAUUCUUGCCCUGCUUUUAGUCAUGGUUAACAUACCAGUGUACCAAGCGCUCUUUAUCCGCCAUGAUAAGGGCCGGAUACCAUCCUCAGUUAUGUUCAAGUCUAUCGUUUUAGCUUCACUGGCUUGUUUGAUGCCUUUCAUUUUUACGUGUCCGUCUAUAUUUUAGUAGUUGACAUGAUAAAUGUUAUAUAAACUAUCAUGUGGUAAUUCAUCUUUGGUGGCUAACGUGGUAUAAGUAUUAUAUAUUGUUGAUUACCGCGUUAGUUUGUAAUAUACGUGUAAUAAAAACUAUAAUACUUUUAACAACAUAGACUUGAUG